AUGAUGGCACUUCCCCCUCCCUCUUGGAAUGGACUGGAGCCUCCCUCCUCGCAAAUGGUAUUUGAGUAUAGGAUGGACGGAAUUCUGUUUGGCCUCAUGAUCCUCAUUCCGGAUGGAGUUAUUGUGUUACCAUUCCUUCUUGGGUUCUUGAACCCAAGUCAAGAGCUUAAAAAGGCAUUUCCUCACAAAACCCUUCCUCCAGCUCCUCCAAAGAGGAUUUUGAGAAUGAAGAGCAGCGUAUUUGUGGAAGAGUAUUUAGAACUUAAAGGUGGUUCCAUCCUUGUUCUUCAAUUUGAGAAAUCAGCAAUGCUUAUGAACAUGAAGUCACUGAUUUUGCGAAGAUGUUCUCUAGAGGAUUGGAUGGAAAAACUAUUAUCGGACAUCGAUGUAUCCAGAAGUGCUCCAGUAGGAACGUUUCUUGAGCUAGAGGCGGCAGCUAGGUUAUUUUUUGAUGAUGCAAAUCAGCAAGACUCAGAUAUUAAUUCAUCUGUUACUGGCAUGGUUCCAUCAGUUCUUCUGCAAACCAACUCAGAUGUUUCUAUUCUUGCUGGUAGUUCAUCAGUUGCAUCAUAUCAUGAUUAUGAUUCUCCUGAUGAGAUGCCAGAGUUUGGAACUCCGAGGAUUGAAAGAGAUAACGGUGAAGAUUGUGGCAUCGAAGCUUCAACGUCUGAACAAAACAUAACGGAUCCUACUGAAACACCUGUUAAACAUAGUAGGUUUAGCAAGACCUAUAUUCUUGAAAACCUAGAAAGGUUUUCCCGGCAGAAAAUACAUACUGCAAGAGAGAAAAGUAUCGUAGGCAGCGAUAAAAAUGCUGAUAGUACAUUGAAAGCUAAAUCUUUUCUUGGUGAUGAAAUGGGAUCUUUGCCCAAACAAGAGUAUCUGAGGCUGGAUGGUCGUGUCCGACAACUUUCUGCAGAGAGUAUUGAGAGUGACUUCAGUUCUGUGAGAACUAGUGAAAUAUCGAAUUUGGGAAUGGGUAAUUUAUUUGGUGAUAAUGGCGUUGAUUGUCCUGAAGCCAGUGAGAGUCUUAAAAUCAUUGAUGCUUCUGUAAGCUCUGAUUUACAGUUCCCAAGGGACGUACUGGUUGCUCUUCCAUCAGAUGAGCGCCAUAAAUUGAACAGAGUUCUUAAUACUUUACAGCAAAGACUUGCUACUGCAAAAACAGAUGUGGAAGAUCUUAUAUCAAGAUUGAAUCAAGAAAUUGCUGUGAGGCAAUUCUUGACAACAAAGGUUAAAGAUUUGGAAGUGGAUCUUGAGACUACUAGAAACAAUUGUAAAGAAAACAUGCAGCAAGCUGUUUUGAUUGAAAAGGAAAGAUUUACUCAAACGCAGUGGGACGUGGAGGAACUCCGUAGGCAGUGUUUGGAGUUGGAGCUAAAACUUAAAUAUGAACAGGAUGAAAAGGCAUGUGCUGAGUCUGCUAAAAUUUCAGUACUGCAUGACAACAAAAUGUUGCUGGAGCAGUUGGAUGUUGCUAGAAAAGAGCUUGAAGACUUGCAUAAAGAUCAUGAAGAGUUGCAGGUGAAGUCAAAAGCAGAUGUAAAGCUACUUGUUAAAGAGGUCAAAUCUCUUCGAACUUCUCAGAUGGAACUGAAACAUGAGCUUAGCCGAUUAAUGAAAGAGAAAUUAGAAGUAGAGAGAGCAGUUCAAAAGGAAAAGCAAAGAGCAGAGGAUGUAAUUGCUGCUAAUGCUAAGUUGCUGCAUGAGUGUGAAAUUCUUCACAACAGGCUUGAAGAAUGCAGUGUUAACUUCCUAAUCGAGGAGGAAGAUAAAUUAAUUGUGGAUACUUCAUCGCCAUCUGAUGCCAUAGAUCUCUUGACGACAUCUGACAAUCGAAUUGGUCUCCUUCUUGCAGAGGUUAUAUUAACCUUUGCAUGCUUGCAUAUGUUUCAUGCACUUGAGCAGGCACAGCUCCUGGCACAGGACUUAGAAAACUCUGCAGCAAGAUUGGAUGAAACUCACAAUACAAAUGGCGUUGAUAGAAGGGACAAUGAGUUGAGGAAGUUGCUCACAGAAACUUUCAUCGACAAUGCCAGAUUGAGGAUGCAGGUCAAUUCAGUAAUCCGGUGUGCUCUAAACAUGCAUUUGAAGUCUGAUAAAGACGGCGAGAAUGAGGAAGAGGAAGUUCCUUUGAGAAAAACUGUUCUGAGCAAAUUUUUAGAAAGAUAA